AUGCACCCUCCCGGUCCAGUUUCAGGAUAUAUUCCCCCCAGCCCGCAAACGCCACUGCUCCUCAAUCUGGCACCCGAUGAUACGACUACCGAGGAUCAGUUCUCGUUGUUUGAAGAUCAGGGUUUGUGUAUCGAGAUGUCGUACAAGCCGAGGAAGACGCCGCUCUCGACGGCAGCACAGCAGAACCAGGGGUGGGACACUGUUACGGUUUCUACUUUGGAUGAGACUUGA